AUGGAUGAACUGAGAAGCAUGUAUAUCCGGCUAUGCCAAGAGAAGGGCUCGGAACCCCAGGAAGCACUGUUACGAGAGCUGCAAGAACACACGGAAGCCUCGGCACAAGUGCGGCUGGAUUUAUCCGCCCAGACCCUGUCGAUGGAGUCCUGCCAGGUCCUGGGUCUUCUUCUGGAGAAUGAUGUGACCUUCACCCAUGUCCUACUCAGUGACUGCAUGCUCAACGGGGAAGGUGCCAAGCUUAUUUUACAAGGCCUCCGCUCCAACUCCGUGGUUAAGUCCUUGGAUCUGAAGGGUAACAAUCUACGAGGAGAUAGUAUAGAGGCCCUUGGGAAGCUCUUGAGGCAAAAUUCUUCUCUUACCAGCCUGAUUCUGGAGUGGAACAACCUGGGAAUGUGGGAAGAAGGAUUCUCUAUGUUCUGCGAUGGACUCGGCUGCAACCAGACUCUGCAGAAGCUGGAUCUCCGCAACAAUCAGAUCAAUCACAAAGGAGGAGAAGAACUGUCUAUGGCCUUGAAACGCAACGGCACCCUCCAAGAAUUAGACCUGCGAUGGAAUAAUAUUGGACUCCUCGGAGGCAGAAAUAUUCUUAACUGUUUGCAGAACAAUCGGAGCAUCGUGAAGAUGGAGUUGUCUGGCAACAAUAUCCCCAGUGACAUUUUAAGGGCAAUCGAGCAAAGCGUCGAUCACAACCAGGACAGGCAGAUGGUGAGGAAGGAUCACGUGGACCAGAGACAGGUCCUGACCAAGGAAGUCCAGAAUCUGAAACAGGAGAAGAACAAGCAGUUUCUGGAGUUGAUGGGAACCCUUGACAAGCAGAAGGAGGAGAUGAAUCGAACCAGCAGGACAACAACCUUGCAUCUUGGUAAACUCCAGGAAGCGCUAGAGGAUAGGAAAUCCGUUGUAAAUUCACUGACGGCCAAGUUGCACAUGGCCGACACUGGUCUGGCACUUUCACAACAGAAAGCACAAGACCUGGAGCUGAUCCUCACCCAGACAAAGCGUGACAACUCCUCUUUACGGGAACAACUCGCUAAAGACCUGCGAAAGGAGAAGGAGGACUUUGUAGCACGUGAGCUCAAACUAAGACAGGAACUGGCAGCUUCCAAUGAGAAAAUCCUCAUCUAUCGCAGCAAGGCGGAGGAGCUGGAGAGGAAGUGCUCAGGGCAGCAGGAACAGCUGUUCGAGCUAAAACAGGAACUGACCAACACAAGUGCAGAGCUCAAGCUUCGAGCAAUGCAAGCAGAAGAGCGUUUGGAAGCAGAAAAGAAGAGAUUCCGACAGGCCCAGGAUGAUGCCAGUGUUCUUCGCCAAAAAGAAAUGGAUCACAUGACCCGCCAUCUUGAAGACAGUGAAAGAGCAGCACAAGAAAGAGUUCAGCGGAUUGAAGCUACAAAACUAGCGCUUGAGGAGGAGCUGAGCAGGACGAAGAUAACGCUGGCCAAUGAGCGCGCUCAGGCAGAAGAAGAGAUCCAGAAGGCUCGGAAUGCCACUCAGCAGGAAGAGCAGCAACACUCCACGGUCCUCCAGGACAAGAUCCGAACCCUGACCCAGUCCCGCGACCAGGCCCAGGCUCAGGUCCUGCAGCAGAAGCAGCUGGCAGGGGAGCUGCAGGCCCAGAACAACCAACUCGGCUUACAGAUCGAAGGUCUGAAGAGACGCAUUGAUGGUCUGCAACAGGAAAUUUCAAAGAAAGAUCAAGAGAAAUUCACCGAAGUCACGAAGGUUCGAGUGGAGUUACAGGAACAGAUCGGACACCUGGAGGCUGAGCUCGCCACCCAGGAAGGUCUUAAAGAAAAGAUAUCGGCUCUGGAGAGACAACAGAAAGCACAGGCCAAUACCCACCGCGAGACACUGCUGGACAAAGAAAGUGAGAUCUCCUCUCUGAUGGAGAAGCUGAGGCACAAAGAAGCUGAGAUCCUGAGGAUGAGAGAUCAAGAAGCGCAGAGAGCGAGCCUCCUGCAAAGCGCAGUCCUGAACUAUGUCAGUACCCCGCUUGGCUCACCCGGUGGAAGAACAUGAGCCAAAUCCUCCAUCUUUCUGCACCUUCAGAGUGCCAGUUCUGGGUGCAGACAG